AUGGCAUUUUUGAAAAACGUUCUAGUGGCUCUUUCUGCUGCUUCUGUGCUUGCAGAAUCCACCGGUAGUGCAUCGGCUUCGGCAUCGGAAUCGACCUCGACUUCUGGCUCUAGCUGCAACCCGCUAAAGACCACUGGAUGCUCGCCAAACCCAGCUCUAGCGUCGUCUUUCGCUGAGUCGUUCACCUCUGAGUCAGACCAUUUCCACAUGUUGCAAGAUGCCACAGGCCAAAUCAACUACACCGACAAUGGCAUGGCCAUGACCAUCAACAAACGUUUCGACAACCCGGCUCUGAAAUCGGACUUCUACCUCAUGUACGGUAAAGUCGAGGUGGAAUUUAAAGCCGCAGCAGGCCAGGGUAUCGUCUCGUCGUUCUACCUCCAAAGCGACGAUCUGGACGAAAUCGACCUCGAGUGGGUCGGUGGCGACACCACGGAGUUCCAGUCCAACUUCUUCUCCAAGGGCAACACCACGACCUGGGACAGAGGCGCUUUCCACGGCGUCGAUGCUCCCCAGGAAAAAUUCCACAACUACACCGUCGACUGGGCCAUGGACAAGACCGUGUGGUCGCUAGACGGGUCUCCUGUGAGAACUUUGACCAACACCUCCAGCGAGGGCUACCCUCAAUCGCCAAUGUACAUCAUGAUGGGCUGCUGGGCCGGUGGUGAUCCCGACAACCAGCCAGGCACCAUCGAGUGGGCUGGCGGUCUCACCGACUACACCAAGGCUCCAUUCACCAUGUACAUCAAGCGUGUGAUCGUCACCGACUACUCCUCUGGUGAAGAGUACUCGUACAACGGACAAUCCGGCACCUGGGAGUCCAUCGAGGCCAAGAACGGUGAAGUUAACGGUAGAUACGAGAAGGCCCAGUCUGAGUUUUCCGCAUUGGCCGCUGGCCAGACUGUGAGCACCAGCUCGAGUGCUUCUUCCUCUGCUUCUUCCUCUGCUUCUUCCUCUGCUUCUUCCUCUGCUUCUUCCUCUGCUUCUUCCUCUGCUUCUUCCACCGUCUCCUCCUCCAGCGCUUUCAACACCUCAUCUUCUGCUCCUCACACCAGCUCUGUGCUGUCGAGUGCUUCUCUGAGCUCCAUUUCCUCAAACUCUAUCGUGUCGAGCGCCCACUCCUCGUCCUCCCAGUUUUUGACUUCUAUCACCACAUCGGCUCAUGCGCUAAACUCUACAACAACCGGCAACGCCGGUGCCGUCACUUCCUCCGCUGCUACCACCAAAUCAUCAGGUGCCUCUACUUUGAUCACCUCGACUACAUCUUCUGCCACCAGCUCUCAUGCUGUUAGCAUUAACACCAGCAACGGAGCUCUCUCCUUGCAAGCGAGUCUAUCGGCUCUCGUCGCAGCUGUGGCCUUCCUCAUCUAA